CUCCUCUUUUCUGUACCAGACGGCCUCUGCUGCUUCCGUUUCCGCCGCUCAUCCGUUGCCUCGCGCCGGGUGGGAUUGUACCUCUAGCGGUUUGUGGUGACUUCAUCUGGAGUUGCUGCAAUUUCCUCUCUUUGGUUUUGUCCUUGUGGAUUAGAAGAGACACAGCAUGUCCAAAUGCAUACUGAAAGUGGGCAGAAUCUACCCUUGUACCAUCGUGGUUGUGAGUGUGUUAAGGGAGGACAGAGUAAAUCAGUAGAGGAUGGAAAAAGGCAAAAGCAGCAGACUAAUCCCUUCUUCAGGUCUGUUGGCAGAACGGAGUUUGGCCUUCUGGACUCUUUGUUCGAUCAUUGUGCCAAUACUGAUCACCUUGUGGUGCAGCUUUCGGCGAUCACGGAGGCAAGGGCUGGUGCAGGACAUUUUACGCAAAAGCAAGCAUGACUGGCAAUAUGUGGACCUCUUUAGCCAGCCCACCUAUUGCUGCAUCUGCUCUCAGCACAUCCUCCAGGGAGCUUUCUGCAACUGCUGUGGAUUGUGUGUUGAUGAAGGGUGCCUGAAGAAGGCUGAGCGUCGUUUCCUCUGCAAGGAGAUCAUGACAAGGGGUGAAGGAGGGGUCUCUAUGACACACCACUGGAUUCGAGGCAAUGUCCCUCUGUGCAGCUAUUGUGUCAUGUGCAAGCAACAGUGUGGCAAUCAACCCAAGCUUUGUGAUUACAGGUGCAUUUGGUGCCAGCACACCGUGCAUGAUGAAUGUAUGCAAAAUUCCUUGAAGAGUGAGACCUGUAAUCUUGGAGAAUUUCGCAGCUUAAUUAUCCCACCAUAUUACUUGUUCAGCGUCAGUCAGAUGCGUAAAGACAAGAAAACAGACUAUGGCAAGUUAACUUCCUGCUACAGACAACAUUGGACUCCAUUAAUAAUCCUGGCUAAUACUCGGAGCGGGAACAACAUGGGUGAAACAUUGCUGGGACAAUUUAAGAUCUUACUAAACCCAGUUCAGAUUUUUGAUCUGACCAAAACGACCCCAGGAAAAGCACUUCAGCUUUGCUCCUGGCUGCCUGUCAAUUCGGCACGAGUUCUUGUCUGUGGUGGAGAUGGCACUGUGGGCUGGGUCUUGGAUGCAAUUGAUGACAUGAAGAUCAAGGGGCAAGAGCGGUACGUCCCGCAGGUUGCAAUUUUGCCACUCGGUACAGGCAAUGACUUGUCUAAUACCCUGGGCUGGGGUGCUGGCUAUGCUGGAGAGGUCCCUGUGGAGCACAUCCUACGCAAUGUCAUGGAGGCUGAUGGAAACAAGCUGGACAGGUGGAAGGUCCAGGUAACAAAUAAAGGAUACUACAAUUUAAGAAAACCAAAGGUCUUCACAAUGAACAACUAUUUCUCUAUAGGGCCGGAUGCUCUCAUGGCUCUGAAUUUUCAUGCACAUCGUGAGAAAUCUCCCUCUCUGUUUUCCAGUAGGAUUAUUAACAAGGCAGUUUAUUUUUUCUAUGGAACCAAAGACUGUUUAGUGCAGGAAUGUAAAGAUUUGAACAAAAAGAUUGAGCUAGAGUUGGAUGGAGAGAGAAUCAAUCUGCCCAAUUUGGAAGGGAUUAUCGUUCUGAAUAUUGGCUACUGGGGCGGUGGCUGUAGGCUGUGGGAAGGAAUGGGAGACGAGCCUUAUCCUCUGGCAAGGCAUGAUGAUGGCUUGCUGGAAGUUGUUGGUGUCAACGGCUCUUUUCACUGUGCACAGAUUCAAGUGAAGUUAGCAAAUCCUGUCCGACUGGGUCAGGCGCAUACUGUGAGGUUGAUCCUGAAGAAUUCAAAGAUGCCAAUGCAGGUGGAUGGAGAACCCUGGGCACAAGGUCCUUGCACUGUUACUAUAACUCAUAAGACCCACGCACUGAUGCUGUCUCAUUCAGGUGAACAGACGGAUGAUGAUGUGUCCAGUGUAUCUGAACAGGAACUGGCUAAGGAUCAGACGGAUGAAGACACAUAGAUCUUGGCCAGGUUUUGGCGCGACAGUAGUAAAUUCAGUUUGGCUCUCACUGACAAGCUUUAGUGCUAACUAUUUAGUCUCAAAUAAUCCUCUUAAUGCUGUGCCAUCUCUAUGUUUAUAAAUGGCAUAGGAAUGACAAAAGCCAUGCUUCCAGCGAUAAAGAAAUUCUGAGCCAGGCUUAAAUUCAGCAAGCACUUUUGCUUUGGUGUAUAGUAUUAAGUGUGGAGGGGCAGGAAACUUAUAUUCAGAGCUCUGCAGGCUAAAUGCCUCAUCAGGCCUUCAGAGCUUUUGGGGAUGUGUUCUGCGGAACAGCUGCCAUUUUUCUUUGUAAUUAUGUAAACCUAAUUUUGAGGAACAUGUAACAAUAUCAUGCAGUCAUUUGUGGGUUACAUGUUCCCAGUGCAGACAUGACUCUCCUGAUCUCCUAGCAUGAUUAGGAGAUUGGAAACACUUCCUAGGUUUAUAUACUCUUUCCUUAUCUCCACUCCCUUUUGGUUUUCAGAGCAUGGUUAUUUGUGCUGGCAAUAACUUGGUUAACUCUGAAAAAUCAAAAGCAGGAUGUGAUUGGAUGCACUUUGUAGUAGGAUCACCAGUUCUGUGUUAAGUUUUACUUUCCUUUUAUUUGCUAGCUUCUUUGACCAAUGUUCUUAAGUUCAAGAUAAAACAAGACAAUAAGCAUUAAGUAUUACUAGAUCUCACAGCCAACUAGAAACAAUUGCAUAUCACAGCAGUUUUAUAUAAUAACCUCCUUAAUAGUGGACACAGGAAAGUCUUGACCUAUAGGAUGGAUUUCUCCCAAGCUGAGGCCUAAUUGUUUGCAUGUGCAUUACAGUAUUCACAGCAGAGAGAUAUGUUGAUCUUGCUUCCUGAGUGGCUGAUGAGAAGUUAAAAAAUAAUAACCUUGAACUCAGAAUUCCAUUGUUGUCAGCUUUUACAACUAAGAGUCUGUAGUUGUGGGUAUUGCAAGUAAAACUAUCUGAUGUAACA